AUGGAUCAAGGCAUUAUCCGAUCAUUCAAAGCAAAUUAUCGCCGCGAACUACUGUUGCAACUUUUGCUGGAUCCAGAGUAUUCAUCACUGAACACGGGCUUGAAAUCCUACACGAUCAAAGACACGUGUUACAUAACUGCAAAGGCAUGGAGACAAGUUAAAUCGGAGUCAAUUGAGAAGUGCUGGAUGAAAGGACUUGGACCUGCUUUUAGCAUAGAACCGUCCACCAAUGACGAGGUCGUCAAUAACCCCGAACAGGAAUCUGUUUCGCAGCUGAUCGACACUGCCGCUUCAAAUGGUUUGGCCACGGACUAUACCGAGAAUACAUUAAUGGAUUGGAUUACUGCUGACAACGAUAUUCCCACGUUUGAACUUUUAUCUGAUGGGGGCAUUGCAGCUCUGAUCAGUGGCUGUGAAACACCAAUACCGUCCGACGAUGAAGAGGAAACAGACAAGGAAAACAUGGAACCUCCUCCAACUUCAACAGACGCAAUAAAAGGACUAGAAACUGCAUUAGAGUUUUUUGAAUCGGCCACUGGUAACGACAUUGAUGGUUUGAAGUUGAUGCAGUUAAAGGGACUUAUUGAUUGUUGUAAAACAAUCCAAAGUAGGAAACAACGGCAGGCAAGCAUAACACAUUUUUUAAAGUAA